AGCCAGCUGAGCAAAUUCUAGUCACUGUUCUACACAGACUGCUAAGGAUGUAUUUGAGGGUACUAUGUAUGCUUAUAGCCUUCAUGGCUCAAGUCUGGUGUCAAUCAGAUGGUGACUAUUAUGAGGUUUAUGACAGCCCAGACUCAACCAAUGAUCAGCAACAACAACAACAACAAGAGCCAGAAUAUGUGCCAAGUGUUCAGUCUGUUGACCAGUCCUAUGACCAGUCAUAUGACCAGAGUUAUGACCAGGGCUAUGGCCAAGACAGAUAUGGCCAUGACAGAGAACCAUAUUAUGAUCAAUACCAUGAGCAGCCUCAGGGGCCAGCCUAUUUCCCAAACUAUGAUUCAGGUGAUGAUGAGUGGGUGAACUUGUACAGGCAGGGCUUUAACUUCCAAUGUCCUGAUGGAGAGGUCCUGGUCGCAGUAAGGAGUAUUUUCAGUAAGAAGGAAGGCUCAGACCGGCGGUGGAAUUUUGCCUGCCAAGCAACACCAGCACACUGGGGAAAACCAACUGAGUGCUGGUGGGAUGAAAUAAACCGAGCAGGAUUGCAAUGGUACCAGACAUGUUCCAACAACGGGGUAGUUGCGGGAAUCCAAAGUCGGUAUUUUGAGCCUGUUCUGGACCGAGAGUGGCAAUUUUACUGCUGCCGGUAUAGCAAGAGAUGUCCAUAUGGAUGCUGGAUGACAAUGGAUCAGCCCUCCCACUAUGGUGAAGAUAUUGAUCUGGUCCUGGAUGUUUAUGGUAAUUUCAUUAGAGGAGCAAGUACUACAUUCAGUGGUGUUGAAAGGGAUCGUCAGUGGAAGUUCAUAGUCUGCAGAAUGACUGAGUUUGAAUGCCAGUUUGCAAACUUCUAAGCAUUGGUUAUGAUUUUCUGUUAUUACCAUCCCCAGAGAUGAUAUCCAUCAUAUGUUUCCACCAAAACCAAAGAUAUGUAUUUUACUUACAUGAGUACAAAAGAAGAAAGAGUCAUGGAAACACUAAAAACAACAAAGAACUUGAGUUCCCACUCAAAUGGAAAAUGAAGACGCAAUUAUGAAAACAUUUCUAUAAGAACUGAAAAAUAUGUAACAUGCUAAAUUUGAGCAGUGGACAGAAUACUCUCCAUAUAUCUUUCCUCCUUUGCUGAUAACAGAGGACCUCUUACAUUCUUAAAUAUAUUCAUAGUAAAUCACUGUACACUAUAUAAUUUAGUUUGUUUCACAAUAUUUGUGUUGUCUGUUUUGUGUUGUACAGCUCAUGCUCAUGUAUACGAAGAUGGCUGCAUGUAGGUUAGAUUGCCAUGCCAUUCUGACAGAAAGAAGUCUGCACACAGGCUAUAACAUACCAAUAAAAUGGCCAGUAAAAGUGAUAUGACAAAAAAGCAAUAGAUAAUGUAACAUAUUGCAAACUAGUUAGCACAUUUUUUCUGAGUCCCCAUCAUUCUGUAAAGAAGAUAAUGCCAAACAGCUUUUCUGAAUAUACUUGACUUUUAGAAAAGUAUUUGGGUUAAAAUGGAGAUAAAAUUACAUUGCACAUAUUCAAAAUAGCAUUUGGAAAGCAAUUAUAUAACAUGCCUUGUUAUGCAUACCACAGCCAUCAGCCAGUCCUCAUAUGAAUCAUAUCAGUGCAAAGUGGCUAAAAAUAACCACUGUGUUUUUUAUUUUAAAAACAAAGAGGGAAAAACAUUACAGAAAUGUCUGAAAUCCUAUAACACUGUACAUAAGUGAUCAACUACAGCACAUUAAUAUCUAAUAUUGUGUUAAACCAAUAAAGUACAAAGGUGCUAUUA